AUGGCAUCGUCACUCUUUGCCGGCGCUUUCUUUGCUUUGCACUCCCCACGCUCAUUCAAGGAGUCAGGCUACCUGUUCAUCAUGUUGUCGUUAUUGCAGCUGGCGUGUGCUUCGAUUAUCCCGCCGUUGGUACAACAGGCUGGUGCCAAUCCACUCCCUCAUAUUCAGCAACAGUAUGCGCCCGAUUCGAUGGGCGCUGUAGCGAGUGAGAGCAGUAUUUGCAGCGAGAUCGGGAUUGAGCUGCUCCGGCAGGGUGGGAACGCUGCAGAUGCGCUCGUCGGUACUGUGUUUUGCACCGGAGUUAUUGGGAUGUAUCACAGCGGCAUCGGUGGAGGAGGUUUCAUGAUUGUCCGCGGUUCAAAUGGGAGCUACGAAACGAUAGAUUUCCGAGAAACAGCCCCUGCCGCUGCUUUUCAGGACAUGUACAACAAUAACACCAACGCAAGCAUCUUCGGGGGAUUGGCGAGUGGAGUUCCAGGAGAAGUCCGAGGCCUGGCUCAUUUGCACCAAAAUUAUGGGAAACUUCCAUGGAAGCAGGUAAUGCAAGGAGCGAUCAAGACCGCCAGAUAUGGCUGGAUCGUAAGCGAAGACUUGGUGCGGUAUAUGCAAUACGGCAUGGCUUCCGCCGCAGUGCCAAAUUUCCUCGUGGACGAUCCAAACUGGGCGAUUGAUUUCGCACCCAAUGGAACUUUGCUCGGAGCCGGAGACACGAUAACACGGAAGAGAUAUGCAGAUACACUCGAGACCAUUGCGCAGGAAGGGCCUGAUGCGUUUUAUCGUGGCCCGAUUGCAGACGCUACGAUUGCAGCGGUGCAAGCAGCGAAUGGAACGAUGACACUCGAGGAUCUCUAUAACUACACCGUUGCCAUUCGGCCAACAGCUAACAUCACGUACCGAGGAUAUCGUCUAUUCAGUUGUAGCGCCCCGAGCUCUGGCGAGGUUGCCCUCUCCGUGCUGAAGACCCUGGAAUUAUAUCCCGAUUUCUAUCACCCAGGUACUGUCAAUCUCAGCACGCAUCGAUUGGACGAAGCGAUUAGAUUUGGUUACGGGGAAAGAACCAGUCUCGGCGACCCUUCGUUUGUGCACAACCUUUCGGCUUUUCAAGAUGAAAUGCUCUCUGAGGCGUCGGCACGGGAGAUCCGGAGAAAGAUUUCGGACCUCCGAACGUUGAAUGUCUCAGCGUAUGACCCGGCAGGCAUUGAAUCCCUGGAAACCCCAGGCACUUCUCAUAUUGUUACGGCAGAUGCCUCGGGGUUGGCCGUCUCCCUGACCACGACGAUCAAUUUGUUGUUUGGGUCGCAGGUUCUGGUUCCAGAAACAGGUGUCAUUAUGAACAACGAAAUGAACGACUUCUCCGUCCCUGGAACGUCGAAUGCCUUUGGGUACGUUCCGAGUCCGUCCAACUAUGUGCGACCGGGGAAGAGACCACUGUCAUCCAUCUCACCCACCAUAGUCGAAGACGCAAAUGGAACAUUGUACUAUGUGACUGGAGCUGCAGGAGGGUCGCGGAUCAUUACGGCGACAAUCCAGAGUUUGGUUCAUGUACUUGACCAGAAUAUGACGGCUCCACAGGCGCUGGCGCAGCCACGCCUUCACGACCAGCUCAUUCCAAACCAGGUGUCGUUUGAGUACGCGUACAACAACGAGACGGUCGCGUUCAUGAAGUCAAGAGGCCAUAAUAUUACCUUUAUUGCGACCGGUCAGAGUUCAGCUCAGCUCAAGCCGUCCCGAGUCCUCUCACAGCGCAAUUCCAUGGCCCUGCAAUAUUUGUCCAUGCUGACACAAUGCCAGAGCAUCCGGCGUUUACCCAACGGCACAUUUGAAGCGGCAGGCGGUAAGUGUGCCCAAUAG